UAACUAAACACAUUAAUGAUAACAGCUCACUGCGCUGAAGUUUUCAUUUCAGUAGAAGGACUUUCGAUACGAGACCGGUCGGAACGCAUAAAGAACUUUAAAACAAUUAUUGAAAAGGAAAUAAGUGAUCAAGACAUAUUAAAUAAUUUAUAACAAGCCGAUAAAAUGAAAGGUUUAGCAAUUAUCAUUCUUCUUGCCAGUUGUCUCCUGCAUAUGUGUGUUGGUCAAUAUUUGGACAUAGAUUCAGUUACAGUUUCGUCGCCAUCGUACUUAUCAGAAGGAAUGUCUAAUAGUGCCACAUUUAGUAUAACAUUUACAACAUACAAUGGGGCUGACAGCAUUAUUGAAGGCGACAUGGACGCCACCCGCUACACGCUCAAGACUUAUAUCUCUAACGACGGGGAGUCUGAGACGGCAGCUAGCAAUGCAACACUUACCUCUUCUAUGAUAGCCACAGACCUUACUGAUGAUGUGAGCAAUACAUGGUCUGCAGUUAGCACCACGAUUGAUCUCACCAAUGUCGUGUGUAGCAACAACACAUACGUUUACUUCUGUGCCGAAAUUGAACCUUCCCCCGGAGCAACUUGGGGUCCAGGUGUCGACUAUUCUGGCAACGCCACUUGCGCUGACCUUGUUUGCAGAUAUGAAGUUGACGUUGGCAUCACUGACUUAGAAAUCACAAAUCCCGAUGACGGCCUUACAGUUGGUGGAGGUCAAGCCAUCGAUUUUGACGUCACGAUCAUGAUCCAUAACUCAUCAAACGAUGUGGGGGGUUACAACGUUUGGGCAAUCAACGCAUACCUGUCCACCUACUCGACUGGUGUCACAAAGGCUACAGAAUCAGAUGCCACACUGUCUUUCGCGCAACGCACAUACUCCCUCUCGGCCGGUUCCAGUGUUACGUUUGAAACUGUUGCUGUGACUUUGGAUCUUACAAAUCUGGAUUGCAACGAUGGUUACUACUUCUGCGCAGAGGUCAAACCCCAUUCCAGUGGUUAUUGGUAUGUGGCUGAUUCUGGUAACCUGGACGAAUUCACAUGUAUCUCAUUCACGUGUAAUUCGGCGACUUCAGUCACCGUCAGCGCACUGGUAUUUCUUCUCAGCUUCAGUGUGCUUUCCCUUUAAACAUUGAUAAGAUCGUAAGAGUUUAAAAUUCUACAGUUGACUAAAUAAUCAAUCAAGAUUACAAAAAACAAAAACUCUUGAAAAUACAUAGAUUUAAAAAAAACUCACGUUUUACAGAGGUUCGUAACAUUAUUUAAGCAAGAAUACCAAUUUCAUUGUAUUUAGUAGGGCCUAACUAUGGUAGGCCCUACCAAUUUCUUACGGUACUAUCGCUAAUACUUAUUUAAAUGCAGUUUAUAUAUUUAUAGGCAAGCCUAUUUAUAUCAAUUGAUUUUUAACAUGUUAGAAGGGUUCACUUUCUGUCGACAUGAAAUGCGUUUGCUUCAGGUACAUCGACAUAUCAUGCAAGAUAUAGGCCUACCUAUCAAUGUUUGUAAAUACGUUAGACCUGGUGCAGGAUUCAGAAAUCCGGAAUCUCGCGUUUGGUGCUCUUAGCAGUGGCGGCGCCGGGGGAGGGGGCGGAGGCGGCUUAAGCCCCCACCGGACAGAGCUUGUCGGGCAGUCAGACCAUAACAAAUAUAAAAACAGGCCCAAACCAAACCAACACAUGUCUGCCAGUCUGAGAGUGCCAUUUCUGACAAUCCAGAGGUUCCUAUUCUUAAACAGAAUCUCUUUUGGGAGGGGAACCCCUUAUCAAACCUCUCCCAGCCUACAACUUAAGUCCCCCUGUCGGACAGCUUAGCGCCCCCUCCCCGAAAAUAUACCCUAGAGCCGCCACUGGCUCUUUGCCGAAACACAACUGAGCCUAUGAUGAAAAUAUUACGAAGCAUGCAAAUUAGUAAUGUUUUUAGGUAAAUGGUAAAUCAUUACUUUGAGGUGUGCACCUUAAACUAUGUGUAAUACAUUUUAUGAGUGGAAAUAAAUGAAAAUAAGUGUUUGUA